GGCUUGGUGUCUGAUUUCUGAUUCCUGUUAGCUUCCAUUGCUGUGGUUGUUACGUUUCCUCCUAUCUGGUCUGUUUUACAGUUAUUACUGUGUUUAUAUCCAUCUUUGUGUUGUAUCGCGUUAGCAUGACUGGUUAAAGUCAAUAAAGUGCAGACGGAUGGAUGGAUGGAUGGAUGGAUGGAUGGAUGGAUGGAUGGAUGCUGCGUCUCCUCCAACAAAUGCUUCAUCAUAAAGCUUCUUAAUCUACAUCCUAAUCUGCUACAGCGCUUCAGAUUGUACCAGUUCAUCUCAAUAAUUUCUACAAUUAAAUGUUACCUCAACAAACCAGAAUCAUUAAGUUGCAUGAAAUGUCCCAGACUUCCCUGCAUGGUCUGUUGAAAUGUGUUGACAAAGUUUCUCACUGUUUGGUUUGAAACGUCCUGGAUAGUCGGGAAUAUUUGUUGUAAACUUGGUUGUUCAGCUUUACCAGUGCAUGAGCGACCUGGAGUGCACCGAGGGAAACUACUGCCACGUCCCGCCCGCAGGCCCCGCCCACUCCCGCUGCCACGCCUGCCGCAGGAGGAGCAGGCGCUGCCUCAGGGAUAGCAUGUGUUGCCCCGGCAACCGCUGCAGCAGCAACAUUUGUGUUGCUGAGCUGGUCGGGUUUUGGUCUCAGAGUGUCCUGGACGCUGGUGGACACGUGAACCCGCCGCCGUCUAAGAGAGGAUGGAGGAAACGAGGGAGGGUGAACCUUAACGGGUCGUCUGGUAGAGGUCAGCUGGGCGACCCGUGCCUGCGCUCCUCUGACUGCUCGGACACUUUGUGCUGCGCCCGCCACUUCUGGGCCCGGAUCUGCAAGCCGGUGCUGCGGGAGGGCCAGGUCUGCACGCGCCAGCGGCGUAAGGGCCACCAGGGCUUGGAGCUGUUCCAGCGCUGCUCCUGCGGCGACGGACUCACCUGCCGGGCCGCGCCGAACCCAAACAGCCAGACUGCUCCAACACGGCCGGCUUCACUGCGGGACCAAGCCGUGAAACCCAAGUUUGAGGUUUUCCCUUCCGUGUCUCGGCACGUUUCUCCUCACACCUCGAUGCCGGCCGCAACCUCGUCGUCUUCCGUGGCGGCCAAGACGAGACUCCACGUGUGUCAGAGGAGAUGAGUUGGACAAACGGGGAGAAAAACGGACUGAUGGAAGGAUGGACAGAGCAAAAGCUGCUCUGUGUCUGUGAUCGAGGCCAGAGGCAACGGGAGGCAGAGACAUUUGUAAAAGAAAGAGUGAAUAGCAUUCCUGCUUACUCCCUCAGCAGCGUCUCCUUAAAGGUCAGCGGCUUCCUGUCACGCCAGCUGAAGGAGACGCGAAACCCUCUGAGGUUGGGAUGUGAUUUCCUCCAGGGCGUCUGGACGAGCCAAACCGCUUUGAAAUCCAGUCUGACCCCUUUGGCCCCAGCAGCACAGGGGCAAAUGUUGAUGCUUAUCUGACGUAAUUCACACAUUGGUUUCAGCUUUUCAGCUGCUCGGCAGUAAAUCUACAAGGUCCGAAAGUCAAACCCGGAGAAACCGAGUUAAGCUAAUGAUGUUUGUUGAGCUACAGAAAAUAUUAACCAAAUUUAGUCAACAUUCCUGAAAAUGUGGAUGUUUAAUUAAAUAACUAUUCCAUCUUUAGACCACAGACAUGUAAACAGGUUUUGUCGCUCUGACCCCCAUCCAGCCGUUCACCAUUGUUAGAAUCCGUUCAUGUAUAUUUCUGUUUUAAACUUAUAAUAACAUUUUAUGUAAAUGUUGUCAAACUUUUUACGUUUUUAGCUAAUUUUACUGGGUUUUUUCUCUGAGUAAAAACUAAAAAAUGAAUUAAUUCUUUCUAGACUGCAUAUGUCUUAUUGCACUGRUAUUUUGAAAGAAUUAUUUUUACAUAAAUGUUGUAUUUUGUGGUAAA